AGGUGCCAGAGUCCCUGAAAGAUCAACGGCCGUCAUGCUGGCGACUCCGUGAGGCAGAAACCCGCCCGGUCACACACAGACAGCUCGCUGCUCAACCAUGAGCCAGUCCCGGCUCUAAACAGCCAGGAUACACCGGACAGUUACCGGCCGCCAGCGGAGGACAGGUUUCGCCUCGUUUGAAGCUGUUUGGAUGAAUAAAAGUUGGAGCGUGCAUGAUGCUGAGCGCCGUUAAAAUGGAGGGACACGAACAUCCAGACUGGAGCGGCAGCAGCUACUACGGAGAGACCGAGUGUUACACCGCAGCGGGAAACAUGAAUUCCGGUCAGUCCAUGAACUCGAUGAGCAGCUACAUGAACGCGCCCGGCAUGGCGGGCGUCGGCCACAUGAACGCGCACUACAUGAACCCAGUCGGGGUCAACCACUCAAUGAUGCACGGCGGGGCGUCGCAGAGCCCCGGGGCCGGCAUCCCGGGCCUGGGCGCCGCGCUGCCGCAGAGCAUGAGCUCCAUCAGCCCACCGCCCUACGGGAACAUGGCGGUGAUGAGCCCGGUGUACGGCCAGGCCUGCGGCAUCCGAUCCAGGGAGCCCAAACCGUACCGACGGAGCUACACGCACGCCAAGCCGCCGUACUCUUACAUCUCCCUGAUCACCAUGGCGAUCCAGCAGUCAGGCAGCAAGAUGCUCACGCUGAACGAGAUCUACCAGUGGAUCACGGACCUGUUCCCGUUCUACCGGCAGAACCAGCAGCGGUGGCAGAACUCCAUCCGGCACUCGCUCUCCUUCAACGACUGCUUCAUCAAGGUGCCCCGCUUGCCGGACAAACCGGGGAAGGGGUCCUUCUGGGCGCUCCACCCGGACUCGGGGAACAUGUUCGAGAACGGCUGCUACCUGCGGAGGCAGAAGCGCUUCAGGAAGACGCCCGGGUCGGGCGACAAGGAGGCGGCGGGGAAGCCGGGCUCGGAAGUCGCCUCGGUCUCAACCAGCAGUGCCGGCUCCGACUCCCCCCACUCCUCCUCCGCCUCCUCUCCUCCGUCCUCAGAUGUGAAGGCGGCCGGGGUGGAUUUCAAACCGCCCCGGGGUGAACUGUUGCCCUCCAGCCCCGUGCGCGUGCCCUCGCCGCUCGCUCACACCCAGCACCUGUUCUCCCACCACCACCACCACCCCCACCACCCGCUGCUGCUGCACGAGGCUGCCGCGCACCUGAAGCCGGACCCGUACCACCAACACCCCCACUACCCCUUCAACCACCCGUUCUCCAUCAACAACCUCAUGUCGGAGCCGGCGGUGCAGUACGGAGGCUACGGCUGCCCCGUGUCCGGGGCGCUGGUGGCGGCCAAAAGCGCCCUGGACCCCGCUCACACCGACAACAGCUACUACCGCGGCGUGUACGGCAGACCCAUCAUGAACUCCUGAAAUACUUCUUACGGGGAAAAAAAAACUUUGAUUUGUACAUUUUGUGAAUGUGAGAAAGUGUUUUUGUCAAAGGCCUGCAGGAUUUUUCAUCAGUCAUUUGUUUGUAUAUGUGCAACAGAUAAAAAUCUUUAUAUGAAAACAGCCUUUUUAUGUUUUUGUUGUAUUUAUUUUAGCGCUGCAGCUAACGAUUAUUCUCAUUGUCCAUUAAUCUGUUGAUUAUUUUCCCAAUCAGUUGAUUAGUUGUUUGGUCUCUAAAAUGUCAGAAAAUGGUGAAAGAUGUGGAUCACUGUUUCC